CGCGCUGCGCACGCGCGCAUUUCUGCCUCCUGACAACAGGCAGGAGGAGCGCGCGAGCCAACAUGGCCGACGUGGGGAAGAAGUACUGCGUGAACUGUCUGGCGGACGUUACGAACCUGCGGCUCCGCUGCACCGACUGCCCGGACAUCGAGCUGUGUCCGGAGUGCUUCUCCGCCGGGGCGGAAAUCGGGAACCACCGGAGGUGGCACGGCUACCAGCAGGUUGACGGAGGACGCUUUUCUCUGUGGGGUCCCGAAGCUGAGGGAGGAUGGACCAGCAGGGAAGAGCAAUCGCUGCUCGAUGCAAUCGAACAGUACGGCUUUGGAAACUGGGAGGACAUGGCUGCACAUGUUGGUGCAUCUCGAACACCUCAGGAGGUGAUGGAACACUAUGUCACCAUGUACAUCCAUGGAAACUUGGGUAAGGCCUGCAUCCCUGACAGCAUUCCCAACCGGGUGACUGACCAUACAUGCCCAAGCGGGGGUCCACUCUCACCGAGCCUCACCACUCCACUCCCUCCACUGGACAUCAGCCUGGCUGAGCAGCAGCAGCUAGGCUACAUGCCGCUUCGCGAUGAUUACGAGAUUGAAUAUGACCAAGACGCAGAGAAACUCAUUAGCGGGCUGUCGGUGAACUACGAUGACGAAGACGUGGAAAUAGAGUUGAAACGUGCUCAUGUGGACAUGUAUGUCCGGAAACUCCGUGAACGACAGCGACGUAAAAACAUCGCUCGAGACUACAAUCUGGUGCCCGGGUUCUUGGGCCGAGACAAAAAAGACAAGGAGAAGGAGAAACCAGGGUCACUAGGGGUUAUUGGCACUGUUGGUACUGUGGGUGGGGCGGGAACUGGCGGCAGCACAAUUGGUUCAGGUUCCACAACAACAGCAGGUUCAGGUUCUGUUCCAAGUACACCCAAAAGAAAGAUAAGUAAGGAAGAGAAAGAGCAGCGGAUUAAGUUGCGAGGGCUCUGCCAGUUUAUGGUUCACCGGGAGUUUGAAGAGUUUUUCGAGAACAUGCAUAAAGAGCGUGUGCUGAGGGCCAAAGUACGGGAGUUGCAGAGAUACCGCCGCAAUGGAAUAACACGCCUCGAAGAGUCUGCCGAGUACGAAGCGGCACGUCACAAGCGAGAAAAAAGGAAGGAGAACAGGAGCAUGGUCGCCUCAAAACGGGGCAGUGCAGGAGGUGGUGUGCUUGGAUCUGGGCUCGGGCUGGGGGGCGGAGUUGGCAGUGGAGGAGGAGGUGCUGCUGGAGGAUUGGGGGUCGGAAGUGGGAUUAAAGAAGAAGGUAAAGAUGGUGAGUUUGCUGCCAUUGAAAAUCUGAUGGGCUUUGAGCUGCUGUCAGACAGGGAGAAGGUGUUGUGCAACUCCCUCAACCUCAGCCCAGCACGCUACCUCACUGUCAAGACCAUCAUCAUCAAAGACCACCUCCAGAAAAGGCAAGGCAUUCCAGCCAAGAGCAGACUACCUAGCUAUUUGGACAAGGUGCACAAGAAGCGCAUUCUCACCUUCCUCACAGAAAGUGGGUGGAUAUCCCGUGAUGCCUCUUAAGGCUCCAGAGGCAGAUUUAGUCAAGCUGGUUUUCAGCAGUACGAAAUGACUGAAAACGUACAUUCGAACAACCAAGGGUAUUUGGAACAUUUUAUUUUCAUACUGCAAAUAGAACAUAAAUAGGCCUAUAUUUUUUUGACUUUUGCAUUCAAAAUCAACACUGUGGGUUUGUGGUAUUUUGUUCCUUUCUAUAACUUUUGUGUUCAAGUAAGUACACAUUCAAUGCACCUUCUCUAAAAACUUUAAAACCCAAAUUUCCCUUAUAGCACACAUUACAUUUUUUAAAAAUAGCUACAAGAUAUUUCAGUUUUUUCAUCACUGUCAAGUUUUCAGUUGGUUGAAGGACUACAAACACCAAGUUGACAGACUCUUUGAACAGCAUGAAAUGAAAGAAAUUACUUUUAUAAGCUUCUGAGUGACUAUUUGGCAUUAUGGGCUAACUGGGUUGGGCACCUUUGGCUGUCCGUAAGGAAACAAGCAGAGGAAAAACACAAGACUUAAGCAGAGGCUUCUGGAGCAAAAUGAAGAUCUCAACAAGCUAUGUUCUGCUUCAGUAGCCAUCUAGAAAAGGUUUGUGGUACCACCAGCAAUUGUACAAUGUAAGAAGGCUGGACCAUAAAGACUUCACACCACUGAGGAGUUAUCUUCCAGUUAUGCCAAAUAGGUAUUCAGAAGAUUUUAUAGGUAAUUUCAACAAUUUUUGGAGGGUUUUUUUUUUUUUUUUUGGAAUCUUUUGUGCCCUUUAAAAAUAAGCUUGUGAAUGUAAACUUUUGACUCACUGAAAAGCUGACAGACUAAAACAAAACAAUUUAAAUGUUAAAACUACGUUACUGACUUGGAUGUACUGUUUAAAAAUGGAAUAUGUGCAAUAAAGGAACAUAGAGGGUUUUUCUUUUUUUGCCGUAGUGUUUUAAUGUACAGGUAUUUUGGAUCACCUGAUCAACCUUAAUGCUAUAAUCCUUUGUAUAUGGAACUUGGAUGCCCACAUUAGAUUUCAAUGGCAAAUCUGUUUAUUCUAAGUAGUUCAUUAUUUUAUUGACGUAGCCAUUACUUCAUUUCAUCGCCACAUGCCCCACCAUAUUAUGGUGCUAUUAUUUCAUUUAGAUGGAGGUAUAUUGAGUUGCUGAGUGAGAAUUGUGGGUAGUCUGCUGAAGUUCUAAGUACAAGGGAUUAAAGGGUUCGCAGUUCCUUUGUAAUACUUGCAGAAAAUGUGUGCCAACCUAAAGUCUUUAGUUCUUGUAGUAUCAAUAUUUAUCUUUAGUUACAGGUUGAUUAGUAAUAUGAAGAAAUACUUGUAAUCCAAGUGGCAAAGAUGUAUUAAAGACUUGGCUCCGUUUAUAUUUUAGCUAAAUGUUCCAAUGGUAUCACCUGCGGUUACAGGUGCAUCUAUAGCUACGUACGUUUUUAUUUUUACGUUAACAGUUGAUGUUAGCCACACAGUUCUUAGUCUUAUGACUUUAAACUUUCAUUUCUCUGCCCAUUUUUUUUCAUGAUAGUUUGAAGAAACUGGAUCACGACUUCAAAAAUAAGGGGAAAACAAAGCACCUUGUGCCACGCUAGUUUGACGCAGCUUUAAAUGGACCCAAACAAGCUAAAAUCCGAGCACUGACCAAUAAAACACACACUGAUAAACCCGCCUCCUUUCCUGCCACUUUCCCUUUUCUUUUACAGUUCAACAUUUUAAAGCAUUUUCCCAUUUCUGUGCACACCUGGCUGUUUUGACUAGUUUGUGUAUUUGUUAGAUAUGUAAUUAACUACUUAUGUUUUUUUUUUUUUGUUGUUGUUCUCUGCUGCUGUUCUGGCAUCAAGCACAAAAGUUGACGCUGUUACGAGCUACCAAUUAAGGAAUUAAAGUGUUUUGGAAUGUAAUCUGGUCAGAAGAGGCUGGCAUGCAGCCCUGUCCCAUUAUAAAAUGUAAGUUUUUUUUUUUUUUUUAAGUUUUACUUAAUUCAUGAUGACAAAUACAUUAAUACCAUCACUGACAUGUUUCCUUUUUUUUUUUUCUUCUUUUUUUGCAAGCAGAGCUUAAAAGUAGCCAAAGUAUUUAAAAGCAAAUAAAGUUACUGAACUGGCAAGAGCGGAAGACUGAUUAUAAAAGUAAAUAAUGCGCUGUAGAAUAUGACAAUCUCUCAAAUUUUGGCUUUGCAAGUUUUAUAGCAUACGAGUUGUCAAUUUGUUAGUCAAACUUGUCUCACCAUUACUUCAGGAGGUUUUAGAUGUUUUCUGCACACUUACAUGGAUGUAAGUGUGCAGAAAACUUGUGAUUCUUUGGAGCUUUAAAAAUAUAUAUAUUCAAAAUAAGAUGAAACUUUUGCUCUUGUUGAAAUUGUUCUGUUUCGAUCUGGAUUUUUUUUAAUGGUACAUGGUGUGGAUUAGAUAGCAAGGGUCUUAAAACUUAAAUGCAAAACUAAUUUAAGGAAAAAAAACUACCAAAACAUUCCAAGAGAAUGUUAAUUUUUUGUUACGUGCUGAAAUUUAUCUACAUUUUAAUUGGACGUCACAACUUCAUUGAUAAUGACUGACCAUCUUUUUUAAAUAAUGUAGCCUGAUGGUCAGUUCAUCCCAUUAUGUGAGGGGAUGUCCAUCAGUUCAGUUCACUGCCUCUUUAUGCAAGCUGGAAGUCUGUUUAAACGCCAAAGUCCAGAACAAUCUUGAAAAGUUGUAAAAAACUGGCCUACAAACACCAAACAGCGACCACAGAACUGAUUGUAAAGUUUGUUCUCCUCCUCAAAUUGCCUGGAAUGAUGUUUUUUGUCUGAUUGAGGUUCAGUGUUUUUUUUUUCUCAAACAUCAAUAAAUGCCAGUUGAAGCUGUUUGAUGGGGUUUCUUUGUUCAAAAACCACAGUUUGAAUGAUCUUAUUGCAAUUUUUAUUUUGCAUGUGUACACAAAUAGUUCUGAAAUGGUUUGUGGUGAAUUGUCUCAAAAUGAAAAUGUGGCAAUAUAUUUUCUAUGGUUGUGUGGGGUUUUGUUUACUUGUGUACAUAAAAGAGCAUUUGGAGAGACUGUAUAUUACCUACCUGUGAAAUGUACAGUAUUUUCUAUCAGAGACUUUUAUAGCGCUUGUAAUAAUAAUAAUAA